UGUGCACAGCCAUCUUGGAAAUUAAAUUAUUUGACUGAUCCGCGAAUCGGAAUAAAUGUUAUGUUUUCGUUCUACCUACAAAUAUAAAGCAAAAAUUUCGCGCUGUACCACGUCGUACUCGUGGCUAUUCCGCUGCCGCCGCCGUUACAAGUCAAAUAUAUACAGGUCUGGAGUAAUUCCACAAUCAGCUGUCACAUAUCUGACGUGUAUGGAACACAAACAAAACUGAUAUUUUGCGGUGAUAUGCUGCAAUAGAGAUGAACGGCACGUUUUAUGAGCAGCUGGGGGGUGUGGCAGGAGUGUUCGAGCAAUGGGGCACGUGCGAGCGGACGGUGGUCGCGUGCGCGCUGGCCCGCAGGGUGCCCUGGCCAGGGCUACGGCUGGUGCAGAGGACUGUGGAGGCCGCUCUGCAGAACCAUGUAGAAGACGAGCGCCUGGAACGGGACGCAAAUGACGAAACGCUCUUAGCCAGCUUAUUGGCGGCAAGAGCGAAUGAUGACGAUGAAGAAGACAGUGAACGGCUCCGCCAACUCCUGACCCUAUUGCCCCUGCUACGAACAGACAAUGAGCGAGCCAAGAAUGUUUAUGUGGGUGCCGCACCUGCACUUGUGCAGCGCUGUGUCGACGCGCCGCGGAGAACAAUAGCACCAGACUUGUGUAGACAGCUGCUGUCAUAUCUGCUGGUGCAUCCCGCACUUACACAUAAUGACCAGAGGACGUUAACACAAUGGUUACGAUACCUAGAAAAUCAUAUAUCAGGUAAUAGAAACACAGAAUCAGUGUGGCAGCAGCGGAUAGACCCCUGCCUACUGCCCGAGACAAAUAUUUGGAGCACCAAUAAUGCUUUUAGACGCACCAUCGGCAAGAAUGUAGAAUUCAGAGGCAUACUUGAUGCAGUAGACCCGCCGUCCUAUACGGAUUUGUUACAAGAGUCCUUCUCCAAGAAUGGAAGGGACGUCGAUAUUAGUUUAGAAGGAGACAUAUUGAAUUUCGACGUAGCUAUUGGCAAUCAAAAAUCGCAGAGAUCGAAUAGUCUAACGCCUCCGUCGACGAAUUUCUUGCAAAUCUCGUCGUCAGCGGAGAAUUUGAGCGACGAACCAUUUGUACAGAAACCUAGGAGUUUUUCGUUAUCGAGUGAACAUAGUUUAGGACAAUUGAGGCCGAUUAGUGUUAUGUAUGGGACGACGGGCAGUGAGACGAGGUUGGAUGACUUGCGGUCGAACAAUUACACAGAGCAUCCUGGGAUGUCGACCGUAGGGGCGUGGUUGAAGAGUUUGCGGCUGCACAAGUAUGUGUGGUUGUUCACCAAUAUAACUUAUGAGCAAAUGAUGGCGAUAGAUGAGAAAUAUUUAGAAAAAUUAGGCGUAACAAAAGGUGCCCGGCACAAGAUACUCCUCUCCAUAAAGAAGCUAAACGACAGACCAGCGACCCUAGAGGCGGUGCGAACUGAACUCGCAUCAAAUCCAAGUGCUGGUUGUGUGGUGCGAGCGCUGGAGAAGCUCCGGGGGGUGUUGCUGUCUCCGAUGCCUCCAGGGUCUGAUCUACCUGCUGGGCUGGUGCAGGCUUUGGAUCUUGCGUCCAAGUGUAUGACAGGCGAGAGUAGUGUAAGCACUACCGACGGAGAGUUGGAUAUGUUAGACCCUAUGUCGCUGCAUUGUUGGCUGGUGGAGAAGGCGCUGCACCACGAGUCGUUCCGGUUAGGCUCGCUGCAGACGGCGCUGCGGCGGCUGCGGCACCGCCUGCCGCCCAGGCAGUUCUUCCGCCACGUCAGCGAGCUGCCUGCGCUGCGACGCAACAAGCCACGAUGGCGUCUCCCCCAAUCAACGACCCGCGGCCGUCGCCCCUGGAUGCCCCCGCCCCCCCGCGGCAAGUCCAACUCCUACCCGCCCUUCCCCCCUUUUCCCCCCACACUACGACCCCCACAUUUACCCCCUCCCGAUGACUACUCGAGCCUAGACGCACUAUGCUUGCAAAUGACAGAACAAGCUAUCAAUUAAGGGGGUUGGGGUUGGUUGGAAAUGACAUAGAUAAAAAAUUCUAUAAUUUGAAGCGGGGUAAGCGGUUCGGAAUUGACGUAGAUAACUAAAUUUUUGGACAUAGACAACAUUUGGUUUUGGAAUUGAGCGACUUGUUUGUGGUAAAAAAUUAGGAGUUUUGUUUCAAUGUUUACGAGUUUGAAUUUUUAUGUUAUUGGUUGAUGAGCAAUAAUAUAUUUAAAUCAACAUAUUCUUAAUUAUCAAAUUGAUUUACAACAAUGCAGUUAAAAAUCCGUUUUUCAUCAUCAAUUGACCAAUAACCUUUUUAUGAUAACAUUGCUUUUUUAUUUUUAUUUACAAGUCCAUUUUCAAGAAUGAAAUUUCUUCGUUACUAUUUCUUGUUCAAUUCGAAAAUUUUGUAAGUUUAAUAAAUGUAUUUAUAAUAUUUAUGUAAUAUAAAUUUAGCGUAUAGCUUUUAAGAUUAUUUAGUGAAGGAAGCUAAGUCGCUCGUUCGCCUACGUAUAUUUCGAGCUUAGACUAUUCGAUUAAAUGCAGUACAUGAUAUUAUAUUAUAAAACCUUUUUAAGGGUCGCAAAACCGUCACAAUGCAUCGAUACAUUCAUAAUAUAUAACUUGCGUCCUACUAACGCCAAUGUGAAUAAACGACGUAAAAAAAACACAUAAUAUCAGUUAUUUGAGAUAAUCGACGAUUAUUAUCCUAACCUUAAAAAAUGGCGCUCGUUUUGUAUACGUUAGGAAUGACAAUGUCAUAGUCAUUUAUACAAGUGACACCAAUUUAUGGUUGCGUUCCGUUUGGUAAUCAUAGUCAAUAUAGAAUUGUUUUUGUCUCAUUUUUAAACUUCGAACCUCAUCUUAAAGCGGAACGCAACCAAACCAAACAUAUAGUUUAUGGCCAAUAUUCUAGAACAAAUAUUCGAUAGAUAAAUAACCGUCUCAUAAUAUGCAAUACAAUAAAAAAGAGACGGAUAUAACAUCCUCCAUGUAUGUUAACGGGUGCAAUUCACCGUUAAUGUAAUAAGUAAAGAUAACAUAGUACAUGCAUAUGACAGAAUACAGGGCGUUAUAACAUAGUCACAGAUAGCUUUAAACAAAAUCCAAUUCAACUACAUACAAAAUUCUAAAUCAUAUUCCGUUUAUCGAAACGCGUAAUUUUUGUAGCAAUUAAGCAUAUGACAAUAUUAAUUUUUAUAUUUUUGCACUGCGUAAAAUUCACUUUAAUUUGUAUAUGGGGAGCUUAUAUUAUUGUAUAAAUCAUUAAUUUAUUUAUUAAGUUUUAUUAUUGUGUAGUUAAUUCUUUUUUCGCAAACGUUCACGAAUCAUCGUUCAAGAGUUUGUACAUACAAUUAAAUAAUGGAACGCGAUACAUCGACUCUAUCCGCCUUUAUUGUUAUGGCGGUGAUUUUACAAAAUAAUAUAUUUAUAAGAGUGAGAGUGUACAUCAAAGUGUGAUGCGCCAUCUUUAUGAGCUGAUUUUUUUAUAAUUUUUUUUCCAGAAAAUAAACCAAACGUAUUCUUCAUUUAUUUAUUGUUUUUGAUGAGCUCAUAAUGAUGGCGUAUGCAAGCGUGAAGCUAUGUCCUGAAUUUCUUUGGUGCUAAUUUGCAACAUUCGUUUGGGUUAGCCGUUAGUAAGUUAGCUAGAUGUAGAUUUCACAAGCACUGCCUGUCAGCAGAGCUUAUUAGAUUACCGACGGCCUAAGUGCUCGGGCUCGGGCCAAUUGUAAGUAAUUAUUGUUGUGUGGUGUGUAUGUUGUUAUUUUGGCGCGCGAUAGCAUUACCCUGUCAAUGUCAAAAUGUACUUGACGUUCUAUUUUUUUUUUAAUUUCAUUGUCUAUGCCUUUUUUUUUCGAAUAAGUUUUUACUUUAACGUCAAUUCAGGUGUUAAUAGUGCAGUAUGUAGAUCAUUACUGAUUGCUUUCCAAGUCUAGGCCAGUAAUGCUAUCACACAGCCGCGUUUAAUGUUAUUGUGCAAGAGACCAGUUGACGGACACCACUGUUAACUUAUUUAGGUGUAAUUGUUGACUGAUUGAAUAAUUUAUAUUUCAAUAACAUUAAUUUUUAUUUUAAAUGUUAUAUAGAAUGCUAUCUUUUACGGAUGUUUUGACUGGAUCAAAAUUAUUUUUGAUUGUGAAGUGUGCAAUUUAUUUUAUAUUGAUUUCAUUAUAAUAUGGUUACUAUUGUAUGGUUAUUUCUUCACAUUGUGUUGACAAUUACAGAUGUAUAUGCAAAGUCUACAUUCGA